CAAAGAACCGGAGGUAAGCAAAACGAGAACAAGCAGCGUGAACAUUCAGACGUGCAACAUGUCCAGCACGAGCAGCAGCACUGACGGCAUCCCUCUGGAUCUCAAAGCUAAGGUCGAUAAGUACCUGGAGCCCUUCGUACUUUCUGAAGAGAAGCUGAGGGAGAUUUCCAAAAGGUUCCUGAAGGAUAUGAACAAAGGCUUGGGGAAAAAAACACAUCACAGGGCGGCCGUCAAGAUGCUGCCGACCUUCGUGAGGGAAAAGCCGAACGGGACAGAGACAGGCGACUUCCUGGCGUUGGACCUGGGCGGGACAAACUUCCGGGUCCUUCAUGUUCAAGUGAUGGAGCAGAAGGUGCUGAAGAUGAACAGUAAAAUCUGCCCCAUCCCGCAGGAAAUCAUGACGGGCUCCGGAAAACAGCUGUUCGACCACAUCGUCGCCUGCCUGAGCGAAUUCAUCGACUCCCAAAAGCUGAAAGGAAAAACUCUUCCUCUGGGCUUCACCUUCUCCUUCCCCUGUGAACAAAAGGAAGUCGACAAGAGUGUCCUGAUCCGCUGGACUAAAGGCUUCAGCUGCUCCGGGGUGGAGGGGAAGGAUGUGGUGAAGCUGCUGAAAAAGGCCAUCCAGAGGAGAGGGGACUUUAACAUCGGCUCAGUUGUCAUGGUGAAUGACACGGUGGGUACGAUGAUGAGCUGCGGCUACCCGGACCAAUUCUGUGACAUCGGCAUCAUCAUUGGGACAGGAACCAACGCCUGCUACAUGGAGGACAUGAAGAACGUGGAGCGCGUGGAGGGGGAGGACGGAAAGAUGUGCAUCAACACGGAGUGGGGGGGCUUUGGAGACGACAACUCACUCGAUGACAUCUGGACCAAAUAUGACAAGGAGGUGGACGAAGCUUCUAUCAAUCCUGGAGUCCACACCUUUGAGAAGAUGAUCAGCGGCAUGUAUUUGGGAGACAUUAUUUGGCUGGUGUUGAAAGAAUUAGCGAAGGACAAGCUCCUGUUUGAUGGAAAUGUGUCUGAUGCUCUGACUCGGAGGAAGUUUGAGACAAAAUACGCCUCAGAUAUCGAAAAGCCAGACAACGGUCUAGAAAAUGCCAGUAAAAUUCUGACUAAGCUGGGUCUGAAACCUAGUCCGGUGGAUCUCCAUGUGGUCCGACUUGUCUGUCAGACCAUCUGCAAACGUUCUGCUCAUCUCUGUGCUGCUGCCCUGGCAACCAUCGCCGACCGUAUUCGUGAAAACCGAGGGGUGGACAUUCUGCGGACCUUCGUAGGGGUCGAUGGGACAGUAUAUAGAAUGCAUCCCAAUUUCAGCACAGAGCUACAGAAAACAGUGGAAACCCUCGCCCCCAAGUGUAAAAUCACCUUCCUCAUCUCGGAGGACGGCAGUGGGAAGGGCGCUGCCAUGGUGACGGCGGUGGCACAGCGGCAGGCUUCGCAGGCCCGACUGUUAGAGGACGGAGACAUUGACGACGACGAAGAUGAUUAACAAGAUGUUGGAUUU